AUGAAAUUAUCAUUUUGUCAAUGUCGAAGAUGGCAUAAUUUACCACAGAAUAAAAACAACAUUUAUCAACGAUUAUACGCUGCCACAUAUCGAUCAUUAUCAUCAUUAUUACCUCCAAUCUGUUCUCAAGUUUUAUUCAAUGAUAAUAAUAUACAAUCUAAAUAUAUAUCUCCAAAAGGUUUAUCUGGUCGUGUUAUACCGAUUGGAACAUUUCCAAGAACAAUUUUAGCUCUUCAAUAUUUAUACGGAACAUAUCAGCAGAAGAAUAUGGUAUUCAAUCAUUUGAUUUAG